AUGGAAAAAGAUGUAUUUAUCACGCAAGCUUUCCAUACAAAUCCAGAUGAUCAACAUGUGCGAAAAGAAUAUUUGAAAACAUUAACAGAUAUCGAAGGAGAAAUGGCUAUCAAACCAGUUGAAUCUCAUCCAAUCAAAGUCGAAGAACCACUCAAACAAACAAUUGCUGUACUUCCAUCCAAAGAAGAAUUACUACGAAAACGGGAGGAAAUUGCUAUUGAAUUGUUAUGGAUGGAACAAGCGAUUCAGAGCCGCAAAGAUUACUUACGUUUGAAAUCUCGUUAUACUAGUUCUAUUUCUUAA